UUGUAUUGGAAAAUCUUUUGUUCGAUUUCGAAUUUAGAGGGUUGGAAGGAACAGUAUCUGGUGUUAUUAUAGGAUGGAACAGUACCGAAUUUAGUCUGUUUUGCUUUUGUUCCAUUAGGCUCGUUUAAAGAACAGAUUUAUUUCUUCUUAGCCCCCAUGGAGAUUAAAAAAAAAAAAGAGAUAACACUGGGAAAGUCUAAAGGGUUGGGCUAUAUAUUAACUGGUUGAGUUGGGGGAUCUUUUUCCGGGUUUCUUUUGUUUCAUAAUUGAAGGGCCAUGUUUGGGAGCGGGGGUUACGAGGUUGGAUCAAAGAGACAAAGAAUGAUGCAAUCAAAUCCCUACUUGGCAGUUGGCAGCGGAGGUGCUUCCAGCUUCCCUCCUUUUGGUUAUGGCCCCCCCGGUUUCCCAGUUGUUCGCCUCAGGGGCCUUCCUUUCAACUGCUCUGACAUUGACAUCUUCAAGUUCUUUGCCGGCCUCGACAUCGUCGAUGUUUUCCUCGUCAGCAAGUACGGUAAAUUCUCUGGGGAGGCCUUUGUCGUCUUUGCCGGGCCGAUGCAAGUUGAGAUUGCUCUACAGAGGGACAGGCACAAUAUGGGCAGGAGAUACGUGGAAGUUUUCCGCUGCUAUAAGCAGGAUUACUACAACGCUGUGGCUGCUGAGGAGGGAGCCUAUGAGUACGAGGUCCGUGUUAGCCCACCUCCUCCCACCGCCCCAUCCAGAGCUAAGAGGUUUACUGAGAAAGAGAAGCUUGAGUACACUGAGGUUCUAAAGAUGAGAGGCCUCCCUUAUUCCGUGAACAAGCCUCAAAUCAUUGAUUUUUUCAGCGGCUACAAGGUUAUUGAAGGACGGGUACAUGUUGUGUCUCGACCUGAUGGGAAGGCCACGGGAGAGGCAUUUGUAGAGUUUGAGACCGUGGAGGACGCAAGGCGGGCAAUGGCUAAGGACAAAAUGUCCAUUGGGUCAAGGUAUGUGGAGUUGUUUCCAACUACGCGUGAAGAGGCUCGAAGGGCUGAGUCCAGGUCUAGGCAAUAACGCUGGCCUUCACUAUGUAUUAUUAUAUAUCCUUUGGACUUAAAUUUUGUUACCAAAAUGUUUAUUUAUCAGUGGAAUAAUAGGAAUCUACGACUACGACCUGUC